AUGGUUAAGGGAACUAUUGCUCUGCUGGCUCUGGCUGGCCCAGCACUCGCUGGUGUUAUCCAGAACCGAGGCGUGGAUCAUGGGGCUCCGGCUACAAUUGAUCUGCCCCCUCAGAAGGAGCCUCCUCACUGGACUGAGGCUCCCAACCCGGCUCCCCAGCCUACUGGGCCUCACAAGGAGCCCCCUCAGAACACGGAGCCUGCUCAUGAGAAGCCUACUCAGGAGAAGCCUACCAAGGAGCCCAGCAAGACGGAGCCUGCUCACACUAAGCCUCCGAAGACGGAGCCUACUCAUGAGAAGCCUCCCAACACGGAGCCUCCGCACACCAAGCCCCCCAACACGGAGCCUCCGCACACCAAGCCUACCGGCACGGAGCCUCCUCACACCAAGCCUACCGGC